CGAACAUCCGUAAUUAGAGGCAACAACUGACAACAGAAAGUUUCCAGUCAUUCUGGCCUGUGGUGCAAACGUCCAAUUUACUCAUUGUUUCUUCUCAAGUCUAGAAUUAGUGAUUAAUCAAGAUGCCUGACCAUCUAGGAUCUGAUAUGCGCAAAACAAACGAAGAUAAAAGUGACGAUGAACCUAUUAAAGUUUUGGAUGAGGCAGACAUCUCACUGUUGAAAAGUUAUGGUCAAGGUCCUUACACCAAGGUUAUUAAGAACAUAGAAGAAGAUAUUCAGAAGGCUGUUAAAAAAGUCAAUGAUUUAACAGGAAUUAAAGAAUCAGACACUGGCCUGGCACCCCCGGCUCUAUGGGAUUUAGCAGCAGAUAAGCAGACUCUCCAAAAUGAACAACCAUUGCAGGUGGCAAGAUGUACAAAGAUUAUCAAUGCCGACUCAGAUGAUCCCAAAUACAUUAUCAACGUCAAGCAGUUUGCCAAAUUUGUUGUUGACUUGGCCGACUCUGUUGCUCCCACAGACAUUGAGGAAGGGAUGAGAGUAGGUGUUGAUCGUAAUAAGUAUCAAAUUCAUAUUCCUCUUCCACCAAAAAUUGAUCCAUCGGUGACAAUGAUGCAGGUAGAGGAGAAGCCAGAUGUAACUUACUCUGAUGUAGGAGGAUGUAAGGAACAGAUUGAUAAGUUAAGAGAGGUGGUUGAAACUCCUCUUCUCCAUCCAGAGAGAUUUGUCAACCUAGGAAUAGAGCCUCCUAAGGGUGUCUUGCUCUUUGGCCCUCCUGGAACAGGAAAAACCCUUUGUGCCAGAGCAGUUGCCAACCGAACAGAUGCAUGCUUCAUUAGGGUCAUUGGGUCUGAGUUGGUGCAGAAGUAUGUUGGUGAGGGAGCAAGAAUGGUUCGAGAAUUGUUUGAAAUGGCACGGUCUAAAAAGGCUUGCUUGAUCUUCUUUGAUGAAAUUGAUGCUAUUGGUGGAGCUCGUUUUGAUGAUGGAGCAGGUGGUGAUAAUGAAGUACAGAGAACAAUGUUGGAGUUGAUUAAUCAGCUUGAUGGAUUUGAUCCUCGUGGUAACAUUAAGGUUUUGAUGGCUACCAAUAGACCAGAUACACUAGAUCCAGCUCUCAUGCGACCUGGUCGAUUGGAUCGCAAAGUAGAAUUUGGCCUGCCAGAUUUGGAUGGUAGAACUCACAUCUUCAAGAUACAUGCAAAAUCCAUGUCUGUUGAACGAGACAUUCGUUUUGAUCUACUUGCCCGUCUGUGCCCUAAUAGUACAGGAGCAGAAAUUCGAUCUGUUUGCACUGAAGCUGGUAUGUAUGCUAUACGUGCAAGAAGGAAGGUUGCCACAGAGAAAGAUUUCUUGGAUGCUGUUAAUAAGGUCAUCAAAGCCUAUGCUAAAUUCUCAGCUACACCAAGAUAUAUGACAUAUAAUUAGGGUCUGUAGCAUAAAGUAUAUUUUAUUUUCUUUAUAAAUUUGACUGGUGUGGAAACUAAUUCAAUAUAAGGAACUAGUUUUGUUUGUGAUAGUCACUUGAAACUGUUGUCAGCAGUAAAAUAAAAGACCUAAAAGACUUUUGAGUAUA